GAGAUAAGACGCGGGCAGCGCCGUUUUUGGGGGCUUAAUGGUCGUUGGCACGCGGCUUUGUUCACGUCGCGAGGAGGCUGUUUCUUCUUCUUCUUCUGUCUUUCUUUCCGAGGGUCGCGAGCGACACAGAGCCAGCGGGCUGCCUCUCUUUAGCCGACCUGCUAGCUAACGUCAACUUGGAGGAAAAGUGGAGAAGACGGCGGCUGAACCGGGAGCUUAUCCGCCUACAGAGACCUAUGCGACGGACAGCAGGUGAGUGAUGGAGAUGAGAGAGUUGACCGUGGUCGCUGGCAGCUUCGUGGGUUUCCAGCUUCUCUUCUCGGUGGCCAGCCCUCUGCUCUCCUCCGCCAUCACGCCGGGUUACGGACGGCUGCCUCCCACCAAACUCACCGAGUGGAACUCCAGGUUGGUGUCGACUGUGCACGCUCUGAUUGUGGGGUUGUUCUGUCUGUACAUCCUGUGGUUCGACGAUGAGGUCAACGCCAACCCCGUCUGGGGGGACCCCAGCCUCGUCAAGCUAAACGUAGCCAUAACCUGCGGUUACCUCCUGUAUGACCUGGUGCUGCUGGCCUGUAACUGGAGCACUAUGGGGGACAGCUUCUUUGUCUGUCACCACUUGGCGGCGCUCUAUGCGUAUGGAUACGUGCUGACACGUGGCGUUCUUCCAUACUUUGCCAACUUUCGCCUCAUCUCAGAGCUGUCCACGCCGUUUGUGAACCAAAGGUGGUUUUUCGAGGCAUUAAAGUAUCCCCGCUCACACCGGCUGGUGGUGCUAAACGGCGUCGCCAUGGCGGUGGUGUUCUUCCUGGUGCGCACCGCCGUCAUGCCGUCUUACUGGGCCAGCGUAUUCGCCACCUUUGGCACUCCGGACUUUGAGCGCCUCGGUUUGGGCGCUCAGGUGGCCUGGAUCACGUCCUGCAUCGCCCUGGACAUCUUGAACACUAUCUGGAUGUACAAGAUCACCCGCGGCUGCUACAAGGUCCUGACCGGGCAAGGAGGACGAAAGGUCAAGGAGGACGCCGAGAAGGACGGGAAGCACGUCAACAACCACACAGACUGAAAGAGAAGUAGAGCAAAGGAUACGACCGACACGAACAGGGAGGGAGGCUGGACAUCCAGGAACCUCACAGCCUCAGCGUCCUUCCCUCUGACCCCCAAUCCAGUCUCCUUGUAGUUGGCUAGUGGACCGAGCUCGUCCUUCAGGUCCUGACCCCGACACGAGACAGAGACACUGCUCUUUGUCUCGCUCAAGCACCAGCCUUCGCAGCCUCCGUGUUAUCCUGCUGGGCGAUAGCUUUCGGUCACAGACGACAUGGUAGAGCUCACAAGCACACUUUUAACUCUGUCUUUCACUCGCCUCCUUCGCCCCCCCCCCCCCGUAUCCUCUCACGCUCACCUUCAGCCAAAGCCCGAUCCUCUGAAGUGCCUGUGAAAGACAGGAAAAGCAAUAAUCACGGAGGAACAGGAUCACUAACAGAAGACAACCACCUCUCGCUCGCUGUCGCUCCCCGAGCUCCUCCUGUCGCUCAGACUCCGUCCACGCCGCGAGGAGACCCUCAGAGCGACGUCCUCCCGCCUCCGAUCCAUACAGUGUUUGUGAAUCUAUAGGGCUCUUGUCUUUAAACUCAUCAGACCUCACAAAAAGAGACAGAACAAACACCAUAAUGCCUCUUCUACAGUAUCACCUGCUGUGGCCUCCUGUAACACGUGGCGCCUGCCUGUAUCACCAGCCAUGCCCCUCCAACCUCCGGACUAUCGGGACGAUAUAUCAAACAGCUGAAUAUGCAUGCAGGAGAGACCAGCUCUCCACCACCCUGAGCUUCUUACAGGACCACUUUUGCCUUUUCAGUAUUCAUCGUGUUUGUAUUCUCUUCUUCGACACAUUGAGGUCUGAUUCGGAUCCGUGGAAACCCUCUGCCUCACUGGAUCGACUCCGCCAUCCAGCUCCAACGUUUGCUUUGGUUCUACCUCUCCCAUCGCCUUACAGAGACUUCCUGUCCUCUCGAGUUAAUCAACGUUUUGUCUCCUUUCUCUGUAAAGACUGGUUUUAGCCUUUAACCCUUUAGAACCUGGAUGGACAUCAGUUUUGUUGUGCUGCCCUCAGACACCAUUCACAUUCACAUUUUAACCUCUGGAACCGGAAAAAUCUGGUUCGAUUUCUUUUGAAAACAUGGAGAAAAAAGGCAACGAGCAACUUAGCCAGAAAUGUCCCACCAACCGAAAAAAA